UGCAAAAGACAGAGGCUGUCAUGGGGAAGAAAAAGAAAUGCACGUUACAAGUCAUCAUGGAAGAUGCUGGAAUAGAGAUUGAUGGACAAGUCGAGAGUGACACACAGAGUGAAGAAGAUGAAGGAAAGGAGAAGAUAUCUAAGAAACAGACCCGCAGGGAAACUGUCAGAGCAAGUAGACUUGAAAGAAAAAAGCCACAGAGAGACAAAGAAGAAGAAGAAAGCAAAGAGGAAGACAAUUGUCCCCGACAAAACAGAGCUUCUAGGAGAAAAAAACACCAAAAGAAAAAUGGUGAUGGAAAAAAGGCAGAAGUAAAAGAAAGAGACAAAAAAGCUUCUACUAAAGAUCAGAAGAAUUCAGAAAAUAAAGAAAAGAAAACAAUUAAAAAAGGAAAGGAGAGGGAGAACAAACAGAAGAAAGACAGGAAAAACAGUACUUCUUCUGAGUCUUCCAACUCAUCUGAUGAGGAAUCACUGUCAGAGGAAGAUCUUGUGAUGUUGAUGGAGCAGGUAGAGCAAAAGAAAAAACUGAUUUCCACCAUGAGGAACAAGCCCUGGCGAAUGGUGAAGAAGCUCUCAGUGCUCAGGGAGGCGCAAGCUUUUGUUGAGAAGUUUGAAGGAGCCUUGGGAAAAGGGAAAGGCAAAAAGUUGUAUGCAUAUAAGAUGAUGAUGGCAAAAAAAUGGGUGAAAUUUAAGAGAGACUUUGACAAUUUUAAAACCCAGUGCAUACCCUGGGAGAUGAAGAUAAAAGAAGUGGAAAGCCACUUUGGCUCCUCAGUUGCUUCCUACUUCAUAUUUCUGCGAUGGAUGUACGGUGUAAAUCUUGUCCUUUUUGGUUUAAUAUUUGGACUGGUAAUAAUUCCAGAGGUCCUGAUGGGAAUGCCAUAUGGGAGCAUGCCAAGAAAAACUGUGCCCCGGGCUGAACAAGAAACAGCUAUGGAUUUUUCUGUUCUUUGGGAUUUUGAGGAAGUAUCUCUGUUUUUUCAGGAAUCUAUCGUGGAUGAGCAAGAAAGCAACAAAGAUGAGAACAUCCACAUGAGGAGGUUCCUGCGGGUCCUGGCCAACGUCCUCAUCAUAUGCUGCUUGUGUGGGAGUGGCUACCUUAUUUACUUUGUGGUGAAACGCUCCCAGUCAUUUUCCAAAAUGCAAAAUGUUGGGUGGUAUGAAAGAAAUGAGGUUGAAAUUGUGAUGUCCUUGCUGGGCAUGUUUUGCCCCCCCUUGUUUGAAACCAUUGCUGCACUUGAAAAUUACCAUCCACGUAUUGGGCUGAAGUGGCAGCUGGGACGCAUCUUUGCCCUCUUCUUGGGGAACCUCUACACAUUCCUGUUGGCCUUGAUGGAUGACGUCAAUGAAAAACUAGCUGAAGAAGAUGUUGUGAAGAACAUCACAUACUGGAUGCUGCAUGGCCACCACAACUCAUCCACGGGGAACAGCAGUGCUGACACCCUACCUCCCCUUGAUCCUGCAGAUGUGCCGAGGGGACCCUGCUGGGAGACAACUGUUGGCAUUGAGUUUGUAAGGCUCACAGUGUCCGAUAUCCUGGUGACCUACAUAACCAUCCUGGUGGGAGAUUUUAUCCGAGCUUGCUUUGUCAGAUUUGUGAAUUACUGUUGGUGUUGGGACCUAGAGGCUGGAUUUCCCUCCUAUGCAGAGUUUGACAUCAGCGGCAAUGUUUUGGGUUUGGUCUUCAACCAAGGAAUGAUUUGGAUGGGAUCCUUUUAUGCACCAGGGCUCAUGGGUAUAAACGUGCUGCGCUUAUUAACCUCCAUGUAUUUUCAAUGUUGGGCUGUCAUGAGUAGCAAUGUCCCUCAUGAACGAGUAUUCAAAGCAUCCAAGUCUAACAACUUUUACAUGGGACUUUUACUGUUAAUCCUGUUCCUCAGCCUCCUGCCUGUGGCCUACACCAUCAUGUCCUUGCCUCCUUCCUUUGACUGUGGACCAUUCAGUGGAAAGAAAAGGAUGUAUGAAGUCAUUCAAGAGACAAUUGAGCUUGAUUUCCCACUUUUUAUUGCCAAGAUCUUCAGCUACGUGGCAAACCCAGGACUGAUCAUUCCUGCAAUUCUACUCAUGGUCCUUGCUAUCUAUUACCUAAACGCUGUGUCUGAAGCAUACCAGCGUGCCAACGCAGAGCUGAAGAAGAAAAUGCAAAUGAUGCUUGACCAGGUCAUCGCAGACCCAUCUCUGCAGACAUCCUUGUGCAUGCACAUCCUUGGCAUGGAAGCAUUUGACCAGCAGCCUGGCCAGCUCACAGCUGUUACUGUAGUCCAGAUAAUUUGCACUCCUUCAGCUCCUCCGUUGAGGCUUCAUCCAGCAUUUGAAGAUCUAUCCAGAAGAACACACCUUGACCAUGGACUAUGA